AGAGCAAACCUGCCGUGAGGUGCCGUGGGUUUUUGAGUAGUCGUUGUCUUCAUCCUUGAUUACAUUUAUUCUCGCCCGUGUUAUGUGUGAUGCGUCGCAGAGGUGCGCCGUUAUUAGAUCGUGGAGCUUCGCUAGAUAAACAUGGGUUGCAACCACAGCAAAAAGCUCGACGAUGUAGAUUGUGUCAAGACGAGCAAGCUGAACGAAGCAUCACGUGAAGUGGGGUGCAAAGAAUUAGUCAACAAUGAAAAGGGGAAAAACUCUGAGAAGAAGCCAAAGAGAGGACGAGUCCUCGAAGGAAAGCUAAGCUUUGAUGCUGUUGUCACGGAGAAAUACGAGAUCAAAGCGCUCAUAGGUAGAGGUUCAUUCAGUAGAGUCGUCCGUGUUGAACACAAGGAAACAAAACAACCUUACGCGAUCAAAAUGUUAAAGGUUCGCGGUGGUAAAAACGGCUUCGAGUCCGAAGUCGCUGUUCUAAGGAAGGUGAAGCACGAUUACAUUGUUCAACUAUACGAAGUUUUUGAGUGUCCAGAGAGAAUUUAUCUGGUUAUGGAGCUCGCAACAGGCGGUGAACUCUUGGAUCGCAUCGUUUGUCGGGGAUCUUUUACCGAACACGAUGCUACUCGAGUCCUUAUUAUGGUACUGGAGGGAGUCAGUUAUCUACACUCUCUUGGGAUAACUCAUCGAGAUCUGAAGCCAGAAAAUUUAUUGUACUAUCACCCUGGUAACGAUUCCAAAAUCAUGAUCACGGACUUUGGAUUUUCGAGCGCUUUUCAAAACUCCGACAGCGCGACAAUGGAUACAAUUUGCGGAACACCGGAGUACAUAGCACCUGAAAUACUCAAGAGGCAACCGUAUACAAAUGCAGUGGACAUGUGGGCCAUUGGGGUAAUAACGCACAUCCUUCUUAGCGGAGAAAUGCCAUUUUCAGACGAGAAUCGUACGAGGAUGUAUCAUGCAAUUUUGAAGGCAAAGUACUCGUAUAUCACUGAGGCAUGGAAGGAUGUGUCAGAACAAGCAAAGAACUUUAUUGACAAGUUACUGGUAGUAGAUCCUGGUAAGCGGAUGACUGCGGAUCAAGCUCUUAGAGAUCCAUGGAUUGCACUUAGUGUUGCUUCAUCAAGUUUGAAAGACCUUCAUCGUUCUUUCAGUCAGAAUUGGUUGAAAAGUAGCUCUCGGCUGAACAGUGCUAAAUCAAAUGCGUCUCAGAAUUGGGUGAAAAGUGGCUCUCGAAUGAGCAGUGCAAAAUCAAAUGCAUCUCAAAAUUCUACAAGAUCCUUGAGAUCAGGUAGAUGCAAGCAAAAAAACAGCUCCCCUCUUCCACUGGACACAACAGCACAAAGCGAUGAGUUCAAACAAGGUGGAACCAAAUCAAAAGAUUUGAAGGAUUUGAAUGUUAAGCUAACAAAGCAGUUAGCUGAAAAGCUCCAUUCUGUAAUUAAUGAGGAUGACAGAGAAUUUUUUAACAGCACUACAACAGAGAAUGAAUGUGAAGUUGCAGUUCUUAAGGUAACUAGAGAAUGGACUGGUAACAGGCAACAUGGUGUGAGAGGAGAUCCUGAUACCAACAUUCAAACUAUUGACUCAAGUUGGAAUGUGAAAAGCAAAACAGAUAAUUCCUCACCCCUACAACAUCCUUUAACACACGAAACUUCCAACGAGAAAGCAAAGACAAAGCCAAUUCCAAUUGUGAGAGACGGAGCACAGCUGUCACAUUUAGUAAUGAGAGAUAAUUUCUUGGGCGGGCAAAGUGCACCAGAGACAUCUCAAAACUGGUUCCAGGAUAGCAUUCGUAGAACUUCUUAUGCAGGAGAAUCGCUAACUAAAUUCCACUCAUUGUCUCCAUCAAGGAAAAACAGAGUAUUUUGUACCUAUGAUAGUAGUUAGGUACUGUACAUAUUUGUCUGACAAAUUUUAUUAUCAAAGAAUUUUAUUCAAUAAAUUUUAUAAACAAAGUAUUUUGCACUUUUGAAGAGUCGAUUUUGUUUUAUUUCAAGAUUUUCCUACAUUAUCUUAAUUUCAACUUCAGUCAUUACUCAAAAAAAAUCCAAACUUUGGGUUUGGAGCAACAUUAUUUUUUCAUUUCCAAGCUUCUUUAGUGUACCCUAUUUAAGAUCUCAGAAAAACUAGAUUUUUUUAGGGUAUCAACCUUUCUAUUUCACUCUGCAUGUUUACAUUAUGUUAUCUCAUUCUCCUGUUAAACCAUAUAUAAAAGAAAAACAUGAAUCACUUCAAAAUAGAUAUUGAUAAUUAUAAUAUUAUUGCAUUUAAAUGUAAAUGAAAAAUUUUUUAUGAAGGUUUUUGUGUGUCCAUUUUUAAAUAUACUAUUUGAAUAGGGUACCCUCGAGAAAGAGGGCUCUGAAGAAUAUAACUUAUACUGGUAUUGUUACUGAAAUUACCAUGCUGUCAAAUGGGGAAUAUCUAUGUACUGUGACCAAUUUUCUUUCUUUGGAUGACCUGCCACAUUCACUGGUUUCGUUAUCAGUUGUCACAAGCCAUUCCCAACUUUCCAGAAACACCAAAUGAUGGCAGUUAAAACUACUUUGUUUAGUAUUGCUAUUUUAGUAAAAAGACUAAAAAUUGCCUCAUUUGGGGAAAUCACUUUUAACUUUUAAUGUAUGGUGUAUCCAGAUAAUUUGUAGAAGUUGUCAAAUGAAGUAGUGUUGGUCACAGUACUGAAAUUUGAAAACAUUCCACAGUUUAGUGAUAUCCCCAGUAUUGCCACGAAAAUGAAUUUUAGCCUUCCUUGAGAAGCAAAGUCCUGGACACAUUUAUUGACUAAAUGUAUUAACAUAUAUUUUCUUAUCAGAAACUUUAUACAUAUUUUUACUUUUAUAUAUUGACCUAUUGUUUUGAUUUUCAUUUAUCUUGGUGCAAGGAGACUCUGAAAAUAUCAUUAUGUAACUGUGACCAAAUAAUUAUAAUGCAGAAGGUUUCAAGAUUUCUGGAAAUCGUAAAUCAGAAUUACCUCAAAUUUAAUAUAAUUUCAAAGCUGGAGAUGUAAAAUAAGUAGUUGAGAUAUAGAGAUGUAUUUAUUUCAUAUACACAUGCUGUAAAGAGAAUGCAAUGUAAGAAACUGUUUGAUUUUUACUUGAAAAAUGAAUAUGCCAUUUGUACAUGUAUCUUAUACCAGACACAUGCAUAUUAAAAAUUAUGCUGGUCAUAAAAAAAAUUUCAAGAUGUUUCAGUACAAGGACAGUUUAGUUUGUAAUAGUAGUGUUAUGAAGUACUUUAAUGUUUCAAAUUAUUAUUAUUAUUAAGAUGACUAAGUCUCUUUAAACGUACAGGAUAUUAACUCAGUGAUCAUUCUAAUCAAACUGGAUGUAACUCCUUGAAAAAAACUGAAUUAUUUAAUUAAAAUUCUAUCAAUUGAUGUACAUUAUGUUUUGUUCAUCUGCACUGCAUUAUUCAUUCUCAUAUAUAUAUAUAUAUAGGAACAAACCUCACUUUCUAAGGUGAACUAGUAACGUGUAAGUGUAGGUAAAGAAUUUCUUAACUCCAAGAAUUCAUGUGACGGUGAUUAUCAUAGGUUACCAAUAAUUCAUUAUUUUAAUGGAAAUACUAAAGUUUUCUGAAGCACAAGGCAAGAAUUUUUUUCUAAACUAUAAACACUUUGUAAAUAAAUGUUACUAAUUAAAGAGUGCCAUUAUGAUUA